AGAACUUUUUGCCCCAGGGCAUGGCUGCUUUGCGCUCUCUGAAGAGCCCAUCACGAAUUAACUUGUGCAGUCCUCAUUCUAGUCGUGAGAUCUUGUGCGAUUCCUCGCCUAUCUGCAAAGCCAAGUCACUGCAUUUCUUCCCAGCAGCAACCUACUCCUCCCAUUGUUGGACGAAACCUUUGAGCAAAAGUAGCUUUUGCUGCAGGAGUUCAGACCCAUUUCAGCUCUCACAGAUUGGGAAGACUAGAUUUUCUUUUUCCAAGAAGCCUUCGGCAACGGGGGGCACUUUACACACCAAAUUAGCUGCUCGUUCGAGUUCAGAGACAAACCGGACCCUCGCAAUGGAGGACGACACAAACAGCCUUGUUUUGAAGUUGCACGAGGUGGAGGCGGUCAAGUUUGGCAGCUUCAAGCUGAAGAGCGGUCUGAUCUCGCCAAUCUACAUUGACCUCCGUGUCAUUGUGUCGUACCCCGACCUUCUGAAGGAGGUGGCUGAGUCCAUGUGGGCCACGGUCGCCAACGCCAAGUUCGACGUCAUGUGCGGAGUCCCGUACACUGCGCUCCCGAUCGCCACCUGUAUGUCGCUGCUGCACGGGAGCCCCAUGGUGAUGCGCAGGAAGGAGGUCAAGGACUAUGGGACGAAGAAGGCCAUCGAGGGCGCGUUUCAACCGGGGCAGAGCGUGUUGAUCGUCGAGGAUUUGGUCACCAGCGGGGCAUCUGUGAUGGAAACCGUCGAACCCCUCAAGGCGGUGGGGCUCGAGGCAAAGGACGUGGUGGUGCUGAUUGACCGGGAACAGGGGGGGCAGGCGCACCUGGAAAGGAACGGGCUGAAACUGCACUCCACUCUCACGCUGCGUCACAUCGUCGACGUCCUGGUGAAGCACGACAAACUCACCUCCGAAGUCGCCGACUCCGUCAAGCGCUUCAUCGCCGAGAACCAGACCGCCGCGCCCUCCGUUCCGCUCGCAAACGCUCCGAUCGACCCGCCAAAACGGAAACGGAUCCCGUACGGAGACCGCGCGGCGCUGGCGAAGAACCCGACGGGAAAGAAGCUGUGGGAGCUGAUGGCCAGCAAGAAGACGAACCUGUCGGUGGCGGUGGAUGUGGCGACGAGCGCAGAGUUGUUACGGUUGGCAGACCUGGUGGGGCCUGAAAUCGCUGUCCUCAAGACCCACGUGGACCAGCUGUCAGAUUGGACACCAGCCGUGACGUCCGAGAUCGAGAAGCUGGCCGAGAAGCACAACUUCCUGAUCUUCGAAGACCGAAAGUUCGCCGACAUCGGAAACACUGUCGUGGACCAAUAUGCGGGGGGCUUAUACAAGAUCGCAGACUGGGCGCACAUCACCAACGCGCACGUGGUGCCGGGGCCUGGCAUCGUGGACGGACUGAAAACGAAGGGCCUCCCCAAGGGUCGCGGCCUCCUUCUCCUCGCCGAGAUGAGCUCCGCGGGUACUUUGGCCAACGGUGAAUACACUCUGGCCGCCGCCAAAAUCGCCGCCGACCACUCCGACUUCGUCAUCGGGUACAUCUCCGUCAACCCCGCGUCAUGGCCGGGGGGUCCCGGCAACCCGGCGCUGUGCCAUAUGACGCCCGGGGUGCAGAUGGGGGGCGGGGGCGAUGCGUUGGGGCAGCAGUAUAACACUCCCUCCUCGGUCAUCGGGGAGCGAGGGAGUGACGUCAUCAUCGUCGGACGUGGCAUCAUCAAGGCGGCCGACCCCGCAAAGGCUGCGAAGGAGUACCGGGAAGCUGGCUGGGCCGCGUACGAAGAAAGUCUGUAGGUGUUUGUGAACCCGAGGCGCAACGUGGACAAAGUGGGUUGAGUCAACAAUGGUCCAGUUACAAGUUUCGUCGCUCCCUCCUUAUCCGGUCACGGUGGGGUACCGACGUGUCUGAGAGUCCGGCAUAUGGCAACUACAGAGAACUACAAAGGGCUACUCAAGCGUGCCACAGCAACGGUGCCGUUGGACGAAUUACUAUGUGCCAAUAUCCCUUGUAGGCCGAAGUGUGGCGUCACAAUCAUUGAAUUGGUCCAUGCGAU